GGUAGCUCAGUCUGCUUUGGCACGUUGAAAAUCUCGCUACCCGAUGGUGUUUCUCCGCGACCCCCUGACAACAUUCCCGUUUGCUGAGUGAUCGUUCGGCAAUUUCAGCCGAAUGUCUUCGACGAUAAAUCUUCGGAGAUUGUGAGGGUGCACAAUGACGAGGAUCGCAACUGCUCGACAAGAGUGGGUUCGGUGUGUCGGGUUGCAAGGAAGGAAAUGCAAUUAUUCGCCAGCGUCUGCGCUUCUAUAUUGAUCCGUGGUAGUGGCGGUGGAGGAACGGGUGGUGGUGGCGACUGUGCUCGCGGCGCGUUCGAGCGUUCGGGUGGGACCACAACCCCACAACGAACCCGCCCAAAAUGUAUUUUUGCCUGCGUCUGGUGCGACUAUUCCUGAUCUCGGCGAUUCUGUGCGUCGGUUUGUGCUCCGAAGAUGAAGAGAGACUGGUACGAGAUUUGUUCAGAGGAUACAAUAAGCUCAUCCGACCAGUGCAAAAUAUGACGGAGAAAGUGCACGUGAGAUUUGGCCUCGCCUUCGUGCAACUGAUCAAUGUGAAUGAAAAAAAUCAGAUUAUGAAAUCGAACGUAUGGUUGAGAUUUGUAUGGAUGGACUAUCAGUUGCAGUGGGACGAGGCUGAUUAUGGUGGUAUUGGUGUCCUCAGAUUACCACCUGACAAAGUUUGGAAACCAGAUAUAGUCCUAUUUAAUAACGCCGACGGCAAUUAUGAAGUUCGUUACAAAAGCAACGUGCUGAUAUACCCGAACGGCGAGGUGCUCUGGGUGCCGCCAGCAAUUUAUCAAAGCUCGUGUACUAUCGAUGUAACAUAUUUUCCUUUCGAUCAGCAAACGUGCAUUAUGAAGUUCGGCUCAUGGACUUUCAAUGGAGACCAAGUCUCUCUCGCGCUUUACAACGAUAAGAACUUCGUCGAUUUGUCUGACUAUUGGAAGAGCGGCACAUGGGACAUUAUCAGCGUGCCAGCGUAUCUCAACACUUAUCAAGGUGAUUUUCCCACAGAGACGGACAUCACUUUCUACAUAAUUAUCCGCAGGAAGACACUUUUCUACACGGUAAACUUGAUACUGCCGACAGUUCUGAUCUCUUUUCUCUGCGUGCUCGUUUUCUACCUUCCGGCGGAGGCCGGUGAGAAAGUCACUUUGGGCAUUAGUAUUCUUCUAUCACUGGUCGUGUUCCUUCUGUUAGUCAGCAAAAUUUUACCACCAACUUCGCUGGUGCUGCCAUUAAUAGCCAAAUAUCUACUGUUUACUUUCAUCAUGAAUACCGUCAGUAUCCUUGUGACUGUUAUCAUCAUCAACUGGAACUUCCGAGGGCCGAGGACCCAUAGGAUGCCUCAACUCAUACGCAAGGUCUUUCUUAAAUAUCUACCAGCGAUCUUGUUAAUGAAACGACCAAAGAAGACACGGUUGAGAUGGAUGAUGGAGAUACCAAAUGUAACACUGCCAGCUUCUACAUACUCGGGAAGUCCGACCGAGGUGCCGAAGCAUCUGCCAGCCUCUCUAGCAAAAUCGAAAAUGGAGGUGAUGGAGCUGUCCGAUCUGCAUCAUCCAAAUUGCAAGAUUAAUCGUAAGGUUCAUCACACAACGAGCAGCUCCAGUGGUGCUGGAGCAGGGGAGGGCAUGGGCGAUAGAAGAGGAUCCGAGAGUUCGGAUUCAGUGUUGCUCAGCCCCGAAGCCAGCAAGGCCACCGAGGCCGUGGAGUUUAUUGCAGAGCAUCUCAGGAAUGAGGAUUUGUAUAUACAGACAAGGGAGGAUUGGAAAUACGUCGCAAUGGUGAUCGAUCGACUGCAACUUUAUAUAUUCUUUAUAGUGACGACCGCGGGUACCGUUGGGAUCCUAAUGGACGCGCCUCAUAUUUUUGAGUAUGUGGACCAGGAUCGUAUUAUAGAAAUUUAUCGCGGAAAAUAGACCGAUUACCCCAACGAAGAGCAAUCACAAACAAUAUGCCAUCAGACCGUUCUCAUUUCGUCUUUUUCAUAAUGUCAUGUGAAUAAGUUUGUCGUUUCAAUUUUAAGCGUGAAACGCUUGCAACUCAACGAGUAAUUAUUUUUUAUACCUAGACUUUUAUGAAAUCUCAUGUGUGUGAAGUACAAAUUUAUUUAAUGAAAGUGUCAAUACAAUCUUCUGCCACUGUACACACAUAUUUCGUUUUUGUGCAAUUGUAAGAUUGUAAAAUUCGAUUUGUAAGCUCCCCCAACUGACGAAACUCGAACGAUCGAAAUGUGUGGCAUACAUUAUGUAGAUAAUAAUUCCACUAGUGUUAAUCAUGGUUGCCUCUGCGAUUAUUGUCUUCCCCGAUGCCAUUAACUUCCGGUAGUUCCAUUGCGACACGCUUAGACGAAGGGUUUACGAAAUGACUAUCGAAUGAUUCUCAUUCUUCAUUUUGCCGAAGAAAUAAGUAUUUCCAAGGUUUUUACAUACAAGAAGCCAUAUUAUAGCGUGUUACUUGCCAACUUAAUAAUUUUGACAUGAUAAUAUUUUCUUAGCUACAAAGACAUUUCACUUUAAUAUUAUGAUUUUCAAAUUAAGAACUUGUUUAAAGUUUAGAGAGUUUGUUUAGAUGAUUAUUGCGAAUAAUUUUAAUACUUAUAAAUUGGAUAAACUUCUGCUAAAUAGAAUUUGAUUUAAUUUAUUUCGUAAAACGUACUGAUAUACGACAUUUAGUAUAAUAAUUAUGAGUAUUAUUGGAAAUACCAUGAUUGCUCCUUUAAAAGUGUAGUUACCACAUAACACACUUAAUGUUAAACGAUGAAAUCCGCUUGUGUAGUUAUAUUAUAUAUCGUAUAUAGAAAAAUACGGAAUUAGUUAUUGGUACUUUGGCAAAAUUAUUGUUAAUAUAUUAAUAUAACAAUGGUACGCACAAACCUGUUUAGUCAACUUAUCGAUAUCUCUUAAUUAGAAAAUACAAAUAAUCUAAUAGUCUGGUAAGUUAGAAAAAUAUAUAAAACGAGAAAAUUAUUUAUCAUAAAGUAACUCAGACUUACAGGAAUUCACGUUUAACAUUAAAAAUUAUGUAAGAUCAUAGCGUAUUUUUCUAGGAUUAUAAUUUGAGAUCACAAUUUAUUAAUGCAUUUAAUAUAGUUCCCUUUCUUUGUGUUUAAAUUACUGUACAUUAUAUAUGCGCGUUUGACAUCUAUGUACGCUAGUGUUAAAUGCGUGAGAGAAAACAGUCUUGUAUUUAAUCUCUCGAUAAUUUUAGCGAUCAGCUUCAACCAAAUCGAUCAAAUUCUCGAUAUCAAAGUUAUAAAUCUCCCCAUAAGUUAAGACCGAAACGUUCUUUAUGUGACGCGCGCGCAUCCAUACGAAUGGUUAUGCAGAGUCAAUCGAGAUAACGUUUUAGAUAUAAAUUUGAAAUAAUUUUUAUAAUAAUCGUGCAAGUCGUCACAUCGUAAUUCAUGGCACUGAUCAUAAAUAUCGAAUCGCGUCAUCGAGAUUUUGACACAGUCGUCAGACAUACGAACGCGCUCAUAGUGACAAAUUUCACUUACGAACACGAGACGUUAUAAAUUGAAUUAAUUGCGAUGCGAUACGCUUGUAUCCAAUCAGUGACCUUCGAGACGCUCGGAAGACCAAUCCAACUCAAGGUAUCUUUAACAAUAAUAUUUAAAACACAUACACAUACACACAUUUAUAUAUACACAUUUAUAUACAUAAAUCUAUCCAGUAAGGAAAUCGAUUGUAUCUUUAUUGGCUGCAAACAAAAAUUGUAUUUUGAAAGUGUACUUUGAUUUGAUUGGUCUUUCUAAAAAAAUAACUCAUACUCUCAUAUCGUAUUUAUAAAGACAUCGCUAUAUGUGUAAAGUAUUCAAUAUUACUUAAUACAUUACACUUAAAUGUAUACAUAAUUUAAGUGUUUCUUUUUAACUGCACAUUUUGCAGUUAAUUUAUUUUCUUAAUUAACAAAUAUCUUUGCUUUAGUUAUAAACAUGCAGUGAAAUUUUUGUUAUUGUUUUUUUGUCACUUAUAUGGAAUUUAUAUAAGAAAUUGUAUUUUAAUGAAUGAAAAGUUAUUAAAUUAACUACAAACAAAUAACCAGGCUUAGUUAAAUGCGGAAUGAGAAUAUGAGCUAAUGUUUUGCGCCAAAAAUUAUGCGCAUAUUAGGAAACACAAUUCUUCGUUAUAAGAACGCCAUGCGUUAAUAGAGCGUCAUAGACGUGCUUACCAUAUAUGUAUAUUAUACAGAGAUACCAUUAAACGGUCAAGUAUCCUCUAAUAAAGAACGUUCAGUCCGGAAGAAGAUUGCAGUCGACUGUCAAAUAUCAAGGAUUUUACAAGCAAUGAAACAACUAAAAAUGUAAUCUUUUAUAUUUCUUUAUAAUUUGGUUCAGCUAUAAUUUCUUACAAUAUCUCUUAGUGUAUUAAUAUGUAAAAAUUUGUUGUAUUUAUACAUUUUUUCUUAGUUUUAUAGCCAAAGAUUGUGAUAAUUUAUUUGAUUACAUCAGUUGUUAAUUGACCAACCUCGUAUAGAAUUUUUUAAUUUAAUAAGCGAAAUCAUUGCGUGCAUUAGCAAUUAUCCCGUUUGACAAAUAUUAAUGUCAUAGUUGUAAUAGUUUCUUCAAACGCACCGGAAUCUGUUAUCAUAUAAUUCAACUGUUGUAUUUAUUGAAGCAAAUAGUAAAAUAAUUUUAAACUUACUUAUGAGGAUGCUUGAUAAUAACAGCGUAAGAGGAUGCAAAUCCUAUAACAUAAAAAUGUCCUUGUUUACAGUUACUUGCGUUAAUCUUAGCAAAUUUACUUAUGCAAAAGGUUUACCUUAUUUUUAAAAUAAAUUUGAUAUAUACUCUCUAAAUCUGAAUCAGGAAAAUCUUACUGAUUUGCAGUGCCAUACUUAUAACAGUGACUAACUAUUCACUAUUUUUCGGUAAUUCGGAUUAAAAGAGGGAUGCUCUGAUUAAGACUCUGGAUGAGUGUAAUCAUUGAAAGAUAGUGAAUUAUAAUUGAUAUUGUUAUAAGUAUAAAAAUCAUUGAAAUCAGAUUAUUUUCUGUUUUUUAGUGAAUAAUACACGGAUUCCUAUUUAAAGAGUGAGUUCUUUUUCUCGAUUUGUAAAUAUUUGUUAAUUGAUCAAAAACAUUUUCAUCAUAUAUAUAUCUGAAAAAGUGUAUUGCAUCGAUACUCAAAUCUCUCAAAGUUUAUUUUUGUCGCUUUUCCGUGGUGCUGAUUGGUUCUCAUUCAGCGCUUAUUUCGUGAACGGCUGUCAUUACGGAGAUCGCAUAUUUUGACCAUGUGUAUUGAGAGGUUAAUAGUGUAAUAUUCAAUUUGUAAUGAAAUUAUGUGAUAUUAUAAGCUUCGUAAUGCGCCCAUAGUACGCGGCUGUUUUGUCUAGUGUUUAUAAAAUUUGUUAGACUUAUGAAUUUUAUAUGUAAGACGAAUUCACGUUGCAAUAUAGUUUGGUUAGUGAAUAGUUUAUUGAAUUUGAAGAAGAGUUUUUGUAUAUCCAGAUUUAUCAAUGUUUUGUCGUUAUACAAUGCCAUUAUACGAUUACUUAUUGAUAGCGCAUGUCGUGUCUUCCUGGAAAGAAAUACAAUAAUUAAAAUUUAGAAACCAAGCACACUGGGCAUAUUCCGUUUUGUUCCAUCCCUCUCAUGUCAGGUUUCGAUUAACUUAUUGGAUGCGAUUUAACAUGAACAAUAACAAUAAACGAGAUUAUACAGUUCAGCUCGAUCUUUUAUCUACUGCGGAAAGGAAGACGAUCACGUAUCAGCGAAUCUGUAUUAUAGUUUACUUUGCGCAUAAAACGAAAAAAAAAAACGAAAAAAUUGUUGAGCCGAAAAGUUUGUACUUUAUUAUGCAUGAUGAAUAACAUAGUGAUUAUAUAUUCGUGCAUUACUGUAUGUUGGUAGGUAAAAGAGAAAUUUAACAUAAAAGUUAAGUAAUCCUUUUUAUAAUGAAAUAAUGCAUCAAUAAAGAUCAUGGAGAAUUUUA